CAGCACAUCCAUCCAGACGAUUUAAGAAGAAAUAUGGCCGAGAAGAAAACUACCAAGCCGAAGACCCCACCAGCUCACCCGAAGUACAGCGACAUGGUGGCAUCUGCUGUGGGAAGUCUGAAGGAACGUGGAGGCUCGUCCCGCCAGGCGAUAUUGAAGUACAUCAUGGCUAACUUCAAAGUCGGUACUGACGCCAAGGCAAUCAAUGCACAUUUGAAGAUCGCCCUCCGCAACGGAGUGAAGAAGGGGGCCCUAAAACAGUCCAAGGGUACCGGAGCUGCCGGAUCAUUCAAACUCGGAGAGAAGCCUAAACCAGCUAAGAAACCAGCAGCGAAGAAGGUGACUAAGCCGAAAGCAGCAAAGCCUAAGAAACCAGUAGCGAAGAAGGCGACCACAUCGGCGACGGCUAAGAAACCAAAGGCAAAGACACCCAAGAAAACAGCAGCUAAGAAAACGGUAGAGAAGAAGAAACCGGCAGCAAAGAAAGCCACCAAGCCUAAGACUCCGAAGAAAAAGGUCACUAAGUCUCCAAAGAAAGCCAAGACCACUAAGCCUAAGGCAGCCAAGAAGUGAAGAAGUAGAUCGUCUACUACCCGAAGAAAACAUAAACAGUCCUUUUCAGGACUACCCAACUUUCUCAAAAAGUUCCCCGGUUACGUAUCGAAAAAAUUACGCUACCCAUCCCCGCCCCACCCCCUCCAUAUACAUGUAUCAUCAAUCGCCAAGACACAAUGUCAUUGUUCUAGGUGGUCUUCUAUGACGUCAUCAACAAGAUCGAUUUGUGACGUCAUAAUUGUACGGGAGACAAAUACAAAAGAAACUUAAUAGAAUUUGUAAUAAAGCGCGCUACGCGAUUUCAUAUAUAUCGAUAACCGGACACUGAUUUCAUGUAAUCUAUAUCAAUAUAUAUCCCUUCAUACAGGCCGACCCCUCG